AUGGCAGGAGACAAGGACCUGCAUGAGCUACGCCCUGCGUUCAUCGUGCAGCCUCUUCACAAUAGUAUCCCUCCUGAGCUGCUGCCUCGCUUUGACCCCGUCUACGUAGAGUACUAUAACAAGUACAAUGCAGGGCGCCUCCAUACCCAUGAGGUGCCGAUAGACGCCUUUCGCAAAGAUCCGGCAAAGUACCUGACCGUCUAUGGCCGUGCUGCAGGCCCGGAUAUUUUCCGCAUCACUGAGCAAAGGUGCCCGGUUAAAGACGGAGAGAUCAAAGUCCGUAUCUUUGAGCCCGCGCCUAUCCUUGAUGAACAAGGUCAGCCAAAGAAAAGAGCUGUCUACAUUAAUUUCCACGGCGGAGGCUGGGUUUUCGGAAAUCUUGCCACAGACCAUGACUUGUGCAAACGACUGGUGGAGGGCCUCGAUGGUCAUCUGGUAGCGUUUGAUGUGGACUAUCGGCUGGCACCAGAGCACAAGUUUCCUACCCCAGUGGACGAUUGCUGGGCGGCCUUCAACUGGGUCCGGUCCCUAGCAAACGAUUUCAACCUUGACCUAGAUAGGAUAUCGGUUGGCGGUGCAUCGGCUGGAGGCCAUCUUGCGGCGGUGAUAGCACACUACUGCCGAAACAAUGGCAUUCCUCUUGCGCUGCAGGUCCUCGUCGUGCCGGUCUGCGACUUACACAGCCCAUUCACGCCGGCAGGAGAGUUUGACCGAGAGAAGUGCCCGUACGAGUCAUAUCGAGAGAUGGAACAUACGGUGGCACUUCCGGUUGCGAGGAUGUCGUAUUUCCAUAAGCAUUUCCUGGGGGUGCCUCGACCUGCUCCAUCAAAGGAGGACUGGAAGAUAUCGCCGAUGUUGGCCACCGAUUUCUCGAAGCUGGCGCCGGCCUUGGUCUUCAAUGCCGAAAUGGAUCCUCUCCGAGACGAAGCCGAAGUAUAUGCAGACAAGUUGAAAGCAGCCGGCGGACGAGUGGAACUUGUCCGGGUUGCAGGCGCUCCGCACACCUUCUGCGGCCUGGAUGAGAUCUUGGAAUCGGGUAAGAUGUUCAACGCAAAGGUAAUUGAGACAAUGCGAAAGGAGUUUAUCGCGUAG